CUCCAAGAUGGCGGGAUCCUGCGGUUUGGCCGGGGCUGCAGGUGCAGGUGUCGUCACAGACGACUCGACGCGUAGAUCCUUUACAUCGCUUCCGCGAAAGACGAUAUACUCAAAGACAUUGUCGCUUGCUGGAAUUUCAAGCGCUGGGUCUCCUUUUCUGCCUUCUGUACCAAAAGAACGGACUUGUUCAAGCGAAACAGUCGAGUUUUGCGAGUCGAUUUCGUGCAAGAUGCCCACGUAGCGAAUAUCUGACUUUGAAAUCAACGAGAGCCGAGCCCCGAUGUAGUCCGUCAUGGCCUGCUUCUACUCCUCAAGCUGCACCUUGCUAUAGGGUCUUCUGUGUCUUUGCAGGUC